AUGAUAUUUGCCAUUGAGGAGAUUAACACAAAUGAAAGUUUGCUUCCAAAUAUUUCUAUUGGCUACAUAAUCUAUGAUACAUGUGGUUCAAGACUGUCUUCGAUGAGUGCAACUUUGGCAUUGAUGAAUGGUCAGGAGUUUGCAGCAGGAGAUCGAUGCAAUGGACAGUCUCCAAUACAUGCUAUCAUAGGAGAAACAGAGUCUUCUGCUACAGUGAUUCUUUCUAGAACAACAGGUCCUUUUAAAAUUCCUGUGAUAAGUCCCUCUGCUACAUGUGAAUGCCUCAGUAAUAGGAAAGAUUACCCAUCAUUCUUCAGGACUAUUGCUAGUGAUUACCACCAAAGCAGAGCACUUGCAUAUAUUGUCAAGCACUUUGGCUGGUCUUGGGUUGGAGCUGUGAACAGUGACAAUGACUACGGAAACAAUGGAAUGGCCAUAUUUCUGAAAACAGCCCAGGAGGAGGGAAUUUGUGUGGAGUACUCUGUGAAAUUCCAUCGGACAGAGCCUGAAAAACUCCAAAGAGUGGUAGAGACAGUAAAAAGGGGCACUGCAAAAGUGAUUGUUGCAUUUCUUUCUCAAGUUGAGAUGGGCAAUCUGUUUGAUCAGCUAAGUGUUCAGAACAUUACAAACCUCCAAAUAAUUGGAGUGGAGGCUUGGAUAACUUCAGAAAGUUUGAUGAUUCCAAACAGUUUUCAUGUUCUGGGAGGGUCACUGGGGUUUGCAGUGAGAAAAACUAAUAUAGAGGGGUUUGCAGAUUAUGUUACAAAAACAUUCUGGCACACAGCUUUUCCAUGCUUACAGAGGGAGGGCAAUUCAUCUCAAUAUGGAUUAAAUUGCAGCAGUUAUCAGGAUCUGCUUGUGCUGAAAAAUUACAAUGAAGAUUUAACUGAACAAAGAUAUUCAAACAAUGUCUACAAAGCAGUUUAUGCAAUAGCAUAUUCACUACACAGUUUGCUCCAGUGCACAAAAAAAGGAGGUUGUGAAAAAAGUCUCACAAUACAACCACAGCAGGUGGUUGAGGCUCUGAAAAAGAUAAAUUCCACCUUAAAGACAGGAGAUCACGUGUGGUUUGACAGCAGUGGAGCAGUUGUAGCACAAUAUGAAGUUGUGAACUGGCAACAGGACCUAAAUGGAUCAAUCCAGUUUAAGCCAGUGGGAUACUAUGAUGCCUCAGUGCCCCCUGACCAACAGUUUGUGCUCAACACUGAAAACAUAAUUUGGGCUGGAGGGCAGUUGGAGAAGCCAAGGUCUGUGUGCAGUGAGAGCUGUCCUACAGGAACUAGGAAGGCUGCACAGAAAGGAAGACCUGUCUGCUGUUAUGACUGUAUUCCAUGUGCAGCAGAUUCAAAUAACUGCAAGCAGUGUCCAGGGGAAUACUGGUCUAAUGCUGACAAAGAUAAAUGUGUGUUAAAGGCUAUAGAGUUUCUGUCAUUCACAGAAAAUAUGGGUAUUGUGCUAGUCUUUUUCUCACUUUUUGGAGUAGGAAUAACUGCACUGGUAGCCAUACUUUUUUACAGAAAAAAGGACACCCCCAUAGUAAAAGCCAACAACUCAGAGCUGAGUUUUUUGCUGCUCUUCUCACUGACUUUUUGUUUUCUCUGUUCACUUACUUUCAUUGGUCGGCCCACUGAGUGGUCCUGUAUGUUGCGUCACACAGCAUUUGGGAUCACUUUUGUCCUCUGUAUCUCCUGUGUUCUGGGAAAAACAAUAGUGGUGUUAAUGGCCUUCAAGGCUACACUUCCAGGAAGUAAUGUCAUGAAAUGGUUUGGGCCUGCACAACAACGACUCAAUGUUCUUGCCUUUACACUUUUACAGGUUCUUAUUUGUGUGCUUUGGUUAACAAUAUCUCCACCUUUUUCCUACAAAAACAUGACAUAUUAUCAUGAAAAGAUCAUUCUUGAAUGCAGGCUGGGUUCUAUUAUUGGUUUUUCUGCUGUGCUGGGUUAUAUUGGCCUAUUGGCUGUCUUGUGCUUCAUUUUGGCUUUUCUGGCUCGCACAUUGCCUGAUAACUUUAAUGAAGCUAAAUUCAUCACUUUCAGUAUGCUCAUAUUCUGUGCUGUUUGGAUCACAUUUAUACCAGCUUAUGUCAGUUCUCCUGGAAAAUUUACUGUGGCUGUGGAGAUAUUUGCCAUUUUAGCCUCAAGCUUUGGUUUAUUAUUCUGCAUAUUUGGACCCAAAUGCUAUAUCAUCCUGUUUAAGCCUGAACAAAACACAAAGCAACAUGUGAUGAUAAAGAAUCCUUCUAAAUCAUUUUAA